GUCGUAGAACCCUAGCAGACAGGUUUUUCUCACUCUCUUCUUGCUCUCAACUCUCAAAUGAUUCCAUAACGAACACCUGAACGGAAAAGGUCAGAAAGGAACAAAUGAACCCUAAAUCAUGGUCUCGCUUGCUCCUCUAUCAGUCCCUGAAAAAACCUAGAAAACCUCCAAUGCCCCAACUUUCCCGGAAAAUCUCGACUUUCCCCCACUUUCCCAGCACCCAAACACUCUCGCUCUCCCGUUUCUCCAAAACCCAUUUUUCAACUUUCUCUGGUGCCUCCUCCAGUGUAGCCCGGGAACUUCUGAAUGAGCUAGAGCGCGAGAAACAGAAGGAAAGAGAGGCAAGAAGGCGAAAUGGUCUCGAUACUAAAGACAUUGAUGCAGAAGAUGAAGAAGAUUACUUGGGUGUGGGUCCAUUGAUAGAAAAAUUAGAGAAAAGGAUUCAAAAGGAUGCAGGGAAGCCGGAAGUUUAUGAAAAUGAAGCUGCUGAUUCGGAUAGUGACGAUGAUAGCUGGUUUUCUACCGAUGCUGCUAAGAAAAGAGAUGAACUUUUUUUAAAGAAGUUUGACAAACACGAAGAGUUAGUCAAGAGCUUCGCUGAGGCUGAGACACUUGAUGAUGCAUUCAAAUCGAUGAAGAAAAUUGACAAUUUUGAGCAAAAACAUUUUCGGCUUCGUCCUGAGUAUAGAGUGAUUGGGGAUUUGAUUAAUCUUUUGAAGGUAGCAGAAGGAAAGGAUAAAUUUAUCCUUCAACACAAAUUAAACAAGGCAAUGAGAUUGGUGGAGUGGAAGGAAGCUUAUGAUCCCAAUAAUCCUGCCAAUUAUGGAUUUUUUCAACGUGCAGGAGUGGGACCAGGUGGCCAUGCCUUAGAAGAUGCUGAAUCUGAGAAGCAAAAGAAAAAAACACCAGGUGUGGAUGUUGAGGGCAAGGAGGAUGAGGAUGAUGGGGGCAAGGAGGAUGAGGAUGAUGGGGGCAAGGAGGAUGAGUUUGAUGACAUGAAGGAGAGGGAUGAUAUACUGCUAGAGAAGCUGAAUGAGAUUGACAAGAAACUGGAAGAGAAGUUAGCGGAGUUGGAUUAUACUUUUGGAAAGAAGGGGAAGGUUCUUGAGGAGGAGAUAAGGAAUCUCGCGGAGCAGAGAAAUUCUUUGACAGAAAAGAAAAGAAGACCAAUGUACCGGAAAGGUUUUGAUGACAGAGUGAUAAAUGUGAAUCGAACUUGUAAAGUUACCAAGGGAGGGCGAGUGGUCAAGUACACUGCUAUGUUAGCUUGUGGUAACUAUCACGGUGUUAUUGGUUUUGCUAAAGCUAAAGGGCCAAGAGUCCAUGUUGCUAUCCAGAAGGCACGUGAGAAAUGCUUCCAGAAUCUCCACUACAUAGAGCGCCAUGAGGAGCACACAAUUGCAAAUGCAGUACAAACACAGUACAAGAAAACCAAGCUGUAUCUGUGGCCUGCCCCAACUAGAACAGGCAUGAAAGCAGGAAAAACUGUCAAGGCCAUUUUGAAUUUAGCUGGUUUCAAAAAUGUUAAAUCCAAGGUCAUUGGUUCUAGGAAUCCUUAUAACACUGUCAGGGCUCUCUUUAAAGCUCUGAAUGCUAUUGAAACUCCGAAGGAUGUCCAAGAGAAGUUUGGCCGGACUGUUGUUGAGAAACAUUUGCUAUGAUAGCUGCAUAGUGUAAGAUUCUCAUUGAUCUUGCAAUAAAAGAAAAAACAGUUACAUUACUUGAGUUUUUAUUUUUUUUUGUUUUUUGAUUAAUGGUAGAUAGAUAGAUAGAUGUAUUGGCCACUGCCUUCACUGUCUCAAAUUUUGCAUCCUCUAAUGGUGGAUAAUUUGACAGAAACAUGCUUUGCUUCUUUCGAA